UUCUUUCAUUUUUGCGCUGAAGUGACGUGACAGUUGAUUUGUUUGAUUAAAAUAACUAAAAGUAAAAGCGCAGCUAAAUUGAUUUGCACCGGAAUCCAUUAACCUGGAAUCGGCAGCCGGAAGCAAAGACGCAGCCGGAAAAGGAGAAGCAUCCAGAAAGAACGAUCGUCGCACCGGUAGAGGAAAAGAUAGAGAGGAAGAGAGAGCGUGAGAAACUGGGAGCUGCACGGGUGAAAUUUCGUGGUUUCGGGACCCCGACCACCUGAACUCUCCUCCUCCCGCUGAUAAUAUAUAUCCAUUCCCCAUUGGCAAGAUGCUGUGUAUACAAUAUUAGCGAUUAUCGAGAGCAGGCAGCGCAUGUGCCGGUAUCCCAAAGCCAACUAUUGAAUAUUUAAGCUUUUGUAAACAAAUUCUGGAGAGGAGGUGACCAAGGUCAAACAAUCCGACGAAUACGAAUACCCGACGGCUAGUUCGUUUCGCUCCACCGCAAAGUGCCAGUAAUCCCGUGCCGCUUGCAAUGGUUACAAGCAGCCAGCUGUUGCCCAACGGCAACUUGUCCAGGAAUGGCAAGACCAAAAUAGAGGACGGUGAAGAGGUGGAAGCCGUCUUUGGUGCUCGUGCAGCAGGUGCAGGGGCCGGAGUAGCACUAACGGGACUAACAGGACACUCAUCCACAUCCGGAACGUUUAUGAAACUGAAAACCUAUCUCCUAGCUCUGCGUCCCUGGUCGCUGUCCGCCAGUCUGGUUCCAACGCUGCUCGGCUCAGCCCUAGCCUACCGCUCCCAGUGGGCGGAGGAGUUUUCGCUGGCCACCUUCUUCCUCACCGCCUUUACCGUGGUCACCGUCCACUGCGCCGGCAACGUCGUGAACACCUACUUCGACUUCAUCAAGGGCAUUGACAAGCAGAAAGCCGACGACCGCACGCUGGUGGACCAUAUACUCACCAAGGAUGAGGUGGUAUCGCUGGGCGCCAUUCUGUAUAUGGCUGGCUGCGGAGGUUUUGUUUUGCUGGCUGUGCUCAGUCCGGCAAAAAUGGAGCACCUGGCACUGAUCUACUUUGGGGGAUUGUCCUCGAGUUUCCUGUACACUGGAGGCAUCGGUUUCAAGUACAUUGCCCUUGGAGAUCUGGUAAUACUGAUACUCUUUGGACCCAUUUCGGUGCUUUUUGCCUUUAUGUCACAAACGGGUCAUGUCGAAUGGACAACAAUGGGUUAUGCAAUUCCUUUGGCUCUCAACACAGAGGCAAUCCUGCAUAGCAACAACACUAGAGAUGCGGACAACGAUCGCCGGGCUGGAAUAGUAACGCUCGCCAUUUUAAUAGGGCGUACAGCAUCUCACGUUCUGUAUGCAAUGCUUCUCUUUGCACCCUACUCAUUAUUCUUCAUCUUCGGCUUGAAGUACUCUCUGUGGUUCCUACUGCCGCUGGUAACCCUGCCACAAGCCUUCCAGAUUGAGAAGCGUUUCCGUAACGAACAGACAAUGCACCUGGUUCCUCGGCAAACAGCUAAGCUAAACUUCUUUUUUGGCAUCUUGUAUAUCGUGGCCUGCUGUUGCGCCCACCAGUUGCCUACCUUCGGAUUGCGAAGAAAUUAAUAGGCGGGAUAACCUUAUAGAUCUGGCAGAAAAUCUGAAUCAGAGAGAACCUGGUGCAAUGUUUUAGGGAAUUUCAUUAGGCUUUCGUCAAUGUCAGUAACAAGAAGGGGAAAUGAAGCUUUGCCAGCUUCCCACAGUUUGAUGUUGCGCAAAAUUCGAAUGCUGCUAGUCGCCCGUUAGAUUCUAAACUUUUGAACUGAACAUAUCCUAGCCCUUAACGGUCGAUUACUUUGAGAGAAAACCUAUGGUUGAUUUAUGACAUUUUGAAAUACAAAUUACAGGCCUAUAUCAGCUUAACAGUUUACUAUAUUAAUUCCAAACGAUAAUCCAUAACCAUUGUGCAAACACAAGUAAAAUUAAAUCCAAUUCGUUAAGCUAAAAAGUCCUUAACCAAAUACAUACUUAAAAUAAAUAUUAAAAUCUUUUACAAAUUUUGUAAUAUUCAAAUUUUAAGAAAUAUAUUUUAUUGGCAUUCAAGUUUAUUAAACCAAAGGCAUGAUAUUCGACAAUUAAUUUCUAUGUCAAAAGUUGCUUAAAUUGUCCUAAGGUUCGAUGACUACCUAUACUAUCGACCUUAACCUAUCCCACUCGUUAUACCCGUUACUCGUAGAGUAAAAGGGUAUACUAGAUUCGUUGAAAAGUAUGUAACAGGCAGAAGGAAGCGUUUCCGACCAUAUAAAGUAUAUAUAUUCUUGA